AUGCCCAUGCUAGGCGAUCCGUCCCAAAAGUACCGACCGUACACCCCUUUGGUGAUCUCAGACCGUCAAUGGCCCUCCAAAACUUUCACAAAGGCUCCCAUCUGGCUGUCCACCGAUCUCCGCGAUGGAAAUCAAGCCCUCGCCAAUCCGAUGACGAUCGAGCAGAAAACCAUCUUCUUCCGGCAGCUGGUCAAGUGUGGUCUCAAGGAGAUAGAGGUCGCAUACCCGGCCGCCAGCGACACAGAUUUCUCCUUUGUUCGUGGGUUGAUUGAGAACAAUGAAAUUCCGGACGACGUGUGGAUACAAGUCUUGACCCCAGCGCGAGAAGACUUGAUCAGACGGACCAUAGAUGCAGUUGCGGGCUCAAAACAUGCCAUCCUCCACAUGUACAAUGCAACUUCACCAACAUUCCGAAACGUUGUCUUCCGCAACUCAAAGGAACAGACCAUUGGUUUGGCAGUCCACCACACCAAGCUUGUUCGCAAGUUGACCGAGGAGUGUACCCGCAAGCAAGGCACCGUUUUCAAAUACGAGUACAGUCCGGAGACAUUCACACAAACAGAGCCAGAUUUUGCGUUGGAAGUUUGCGAAGCCGUGAAGAGGGCGUGGGGGAAGGCGGGUACUGGAGACGACCGCAUUAUCUUCAACCUUCCUUCAACGGUCGAAAUCGCCCCUCCAAACCACUAUGCUGACCAGAUUGAAAACUUCUGCCGCAAAAUCUCAGAGAGGGAAAAGGUGAUCAUCAGUUUACACCCCCAUAAUGACAGAGGAACUGGCAUUGCGUCAGCUGAGCUCGGGACUCUUGCUGGAGGAGACCGCGUUGAAGGGUGUCUAUUCGGCAACGGAGAACGAACCGGAAAUGUCGACCUCGUCAACCUGGCACUGAAUUUGUAUAGCCAAGGGAUCAACCCAGGUUUGGACUUCAGCGACAUUCAAAGCGUCAUCGACACAGUUACCCAGUGCAACGACCUUCCCGUCCACCCUCGACACCCAUACGCUGGGGAGCUCGUGUUUACUGCCUUUUCCGGAUCGCAUCAGGACGCUAUCAAGAAAGGGUUUGAAGCGCAGAAGAUCAGACAUGCUGAAGCAGCUGCUCAAGGGAAGCCGCAAAUUUGGGAUGUGCCGUAUUUGCCUAUCGAUCCUCUGGAUCUGGGGCAAAACUACGAAGCUGUUAUUCGAGUCAAUUCACAAUCGGGCAAGGGCGGCAUUGCUUACCUGGUCAAGCAAUAUCUAAAUCUCGACCUCCCUCGCAAGAUGCAGAUCGCUUUCUACCAAGUCGUCCAGGCGAUCUCCGAUCGGGAAGCAAGAGAAAUGACGGUCGAAGAUAUCACUACUGCCUUCCGCUCUACGUACCACUUCGGCGGCCCGAAGUAUCAGGGAAGGUUGGCUCUCCGUAAUUUCAAGAUCUCUGCUGAACCGAUUGAAGACCCUACCGACGACACGGAGGACACCCCGGACGAACGUCGUCGUUUCGAUGGCACUUUGUCUGUCGACGGUGUUUAUCGAGUUAUUCGAGGCGAUGGAAACGGACCGCUGUCUUCCUUGUUGGACGCCCUCCGUGUACAUCUGGACAUCGAGCUCGCAAUCAGAGAGUACACGGAGCAUUCCAUCGGGGAGGGGACUGAGGUCAAGGCGGCCUCUUACGUGGAGGUAGUCCCAGCUGGAGACCGCAAAUCUAGUCAAUCAUGGUGGGGUGUUGGCGUUGACUCCGACAUUGCCGGUUCUGGUCUUCGCGCUUUGCUAAGUGCAGUGAACAACGCCAUCGGUGAUCGGCCUCUACCUGAACUCAAACUGAGCGUUGGUUUCAACGGUCGUUCGGGUCAAGCCGAUAUUGCCAGUGCCAUCGUCAAUGCACUCGGACUGGAACUCCCAAGACGUCUCCAGUCCGCUUUCUUCGAAGUGGUCCAACGGUCAGCAAGAGAUGCCGGCGGCGACAUCUCAUACAACGCGUUAACCAACCUUUUCCAAUCCUCUUAUGGUUACUAUCCUUCCGGCGGCCCAAUCUUGAAGUUUCAACUGGGCAACUUCAAACUGGAGCACGUCGGAGAGGGCAGCGCACGCCAGUUUGUCGGAGACAUCAUCGUCGACGGAGAGAAGUGCAAUGUGAAAGGAGACGGCAAUGGUCCUCUAUCAUCCGCCUUGUCAGCCUUGCAUUCGCUGAUCGGUGGAACCCUCACGGUUCGCGAGUAUUCCGAACACUCGAUUGGUGAGGGAACGGAGGUUGUGGCUGCCUCUUACGUGGAACUCCUGUAUGAGGUCACUGGAAACAAGAAGGUCUCUGCAUGGGGUGUUGCCACCGACACGGACAUUGCUGCGUCUGGUAUCAAAGCGGUGUUCACUGCUGCGAGCAAUCUGGGAGUUGUAGUGAAAGGCCAGGUUAAUGGGAUCUAA